CUGCGAGGCCCGGGUGUACCGGGAGGAGUAGCCUUGGUGCUGCAGUCCGCAUGAUCUGGGAUCUGUAGUUGUGGUUCCCGCGCUGGCCGGCCCAGAGCUGACAGGCUCUUGCCUCCACUGGGUCUUUAGAACAGCUGCCAGCCCAAGAACCAGCAGUCUUUGCCAUCCUGCUCAGUCUGCAGUAGAAGUCUCCUCCACAAUUUUUCAGUGGCUGAUUUCCCCCCCGCAUCACAUGCUGUUUCUGAUGCUUGGAAGCUGUCCUUUCAGCCACAAAGAUGGUAAUAAAUCUUUGCCUCCCGCAGUUCAGACCAAGAAUUUAUUGCAACAAGAUAUCAGCUGAUGGCUACGAAGUAGAAAAUCUUAUCUCUGAAGACCUCACAAAGAGAAGUCAUGGUUUUAGGACAGAGUAUUUUAUUAAGCCACCAGUCUAUGUGACAGUUUCCUUUCCCUUCAACGUGGAAAUCUGUAGGAUUAACAUAGACCUCACAGCUGGGGGAGGCCAAAAUGUCACUGGCCUGGAAAUGUACACGUCUGCCUUACCCAGCAAGACAUCUUGGAAUACCCCUGAGUGCCAGACUCUGUGCCCAGCCGAGCUGUCCAUCCCAGACAAGGAGGCGUUCACCAUGGUAGGCAAAGUCUUGUUGAAAAACCAAAACCAAGUGGUGUUUAGCCACAGGGGCUUCAAGGCCAGGCCACCAUUUGACCCGAUGGAAGCCACACUCCCCUCCCCUGCUGUUGUGGCCCAGGAGCUCUGGAAUAAAGGACCUCUUUCCCUUAGCCACGUGGCCCAUCUCAAGAUCUGUAUCACCCAUGUGACAGGCAGUGGCAUCCCUUGCAUCAAACGGUUGGAAGUAUGGGGUCAGCCCGCCAAAACCUGCCCUCAGGAGGUGAUAGAUAGUGUCCUGCUGGUUGCCUCAGAGAGCCUCCCUCAGGACUUGGCUCUGCAGGCGCCAGCCUUGCCCAUGGAGAGUGACUGUGAUCCUGGGGGCCAGUCUGAGGGCCAGCAGGCCCCCUCCAGCCUGCAGAAGCUGGCUGAGGUAAUUCAGGAUGUGCCUGAGGAGUUCCUGGAUCCCAUCACCUUGGAAAUCAUGCCUUGCCCCAUGCUGCUGCCCUCAGGCAAGGUCAUCGACCAGAGCACGCUGGAGAAGUGUAACCGCAGCGAAGCCACAUGGGGCCGAGUGCCCAGUGACCCUUUCACAGGGGUAGCCUUUACUCCACACUCGCAGCCCCUGCCUCACCCCACCCUGAAGGCCCGGAUCGACCAUUUCCUGCUCCAGCAUUCCAUCCCUGGCUGCCACCUGCUUGGGAGAACACAGACUGCAUUGGCAUUGACCCCUUCCUCCAUUGCUCUGCCAUCUCGGAAAAGGAAGAUGGAGCAGGCUGAGCAUGCCCCAGACAGCAGGCUUGGUGUAAAUGCUUCCUGUUUUUCUACCACAAGCCUUCUGGCCUCGCCUACUACCUCAGAGCACACUGCUAAGAAAAUGAAAGCUGCCAGUGAGCUUGGUCUGACACACAUGGACUGCUCAACAGGGCCAGUGUCCCAUGAGCAGAAGCUGUCGCAAAGCCUGGAAAUUGCUUUGACAUCAACCCUUGGCUCUAUGCCCUCCUUCACGGCACGGUUGACCAGGGGACAGCUCCAGCACCUCGGCACAAGAGGGACCAGCACUUCCUGGAGAGCAGGGACUGGCCCGGAGCAGCCUGGGAGCGUCCUGGGCCCCGAGUGUGCCUCCUGCAAAAGAGUAUUUUCUCCCUACUUCAAAAAGGAGCCUGUGUACCAGCUUCCCUGUGGUCAUCUCCUGUGCCGGCCCUGCCUGGGUGAGAAGCAGCGCUCCCUGCCCAUGACAUGUGCAGCCUGCCAGCAGUCAUUCGCCAGCCAGGACGUGCUGCGGGUCCACUUCUGAGUGACUGGCCUCAACCCGAGAAGACCUGUUGUUGGGAGGAGCAGAAGUGGGGAUCAAAGCCCCUCAGGCGCUGAGGGGCUUUCCUUUUCCAAGGGCUUUCCCUUUAUUGCCUCCCACAGUGUAGCACAGCCAGGGAAUGAGGGGUGUGGGAGGGGGCACUCCACUCCUGCUCAAGUGGCAAUAGGGUAACAGAGCCAUACUGGGCCUCGGAGGGAUGCCCCUGCUCUCCUGUACCUCCCUGCCACCCCUCCUUCUACCAGAGCCCAGGGCCCGCUAUAGCCAGCCCACCCUGCUGAGAGCCUCCAAGUUAUUUGCCCCCCUGUGCCCCCCCCGACAUGUGUGCCUCCCCCAUCCGGCAGGGUGGAUGUGAGUGGGCACAGCAGACUGUGGCUCGGGGUCUCAGAGAGAGCUUCCACCUUCAGUGUCACCCAAAAGUGGACUGACCAUCACGGGGGUCUGUGGAGUGAAUGACUCAGCCCCCAACUAGCAGACUAUGUAGAGCCUUAAUAAAGCGGUGGUUGACGUCUGCUGUCGGCCUCCUCCUGAU